AUGGCUUUCACUUUACUUGUCCUCUUGGCCCUGUGGGGUGACGCAGAUGCCUUCUGCAGCAGCCCCGAAGCAUGUGCAGCCCAAAGCGAAGCAAUGCUGCAAAGACACAAGAUGAAUGGAACUGUGCAGGUCAGCGACCGCCAAGAAAGCCACCUUGGAGGCUGUGGAAUGGGCACAGGAGGACAGUGCUACACCAACACAGAUUGGAAACACAAGCUUGCCAAUCUCUUGGCUGGUGGCAGCUCCAACUUUUUCGAUACCUUCUUCAAGGUCUGGGAUGACCUGUCUCCUUCUGCUGGCUGGAUUUUUUGUUGGGGUGACCGCAGUGGCUCGUGGAUCGUGGGCAACACCUACGGCACGAGUGGAUCCCUCUAUGAUUCGUACCAAGGCCUCACGUACUUGCGAAACCUCUUCAUUGACCCGCAGGAUUCACAGGACUGGGGCACCGUUGGCUUAUACAUGGGCUUCUUUUGCCCGGCAGGUUCAUCUGUGGAUCAAUUUACCGAGCUCAAAGCAGGAUUUGCUUUCAACAAGUGUGACUCGGGCCUGAACUUCAUGUUGUCCAUCAGCGCCGACACCAUGGAGUGCUUCGCGGACAAGUUCGCGCCGGGGCUCUCGCGCUUGGCGGGGCUGGUGCCCGAGCUCAGCCUGGGCAUCUCAGUGGACCGGAAACUCUCCAAGUCGGUGCUCUUGGCCCAUGGAGAUGGGGAUGAUAUCCGAGUGAAUGGUGUCACGAUCAAGCCUCAUCUCGCCAUGAGCAUUACAGCGCGUUUGUCCGUGGGGCAGCUGGUGGGUGCAGACGACACCAUCGGCGACAUUUUGGCGGGAGACCUCCAGAUGCAGGUGGCGCUGGGCUUUGAUGGCAGUGAGAAUGUGGUGAGUGCGCUCAACUGGCUCUCCAGUAGUGACCUGGGCGAUUCCCUACCAGACCUCCUGGGCGGUGCCGCCUCUGCUUACUACGUGGGCCCGGCCGCGGCGGCCGCUGGUUUGCGGCAGGCGGGCGCGUCCUCCCAGGUGGUGAGCCUGGUGGAAGGCAUGCAACGAGCCACCCUGGUGCAGAGUGUCACCGGCUAUGUGACCUUUGCGCUCAGUGGAGUCUCCAAUGGGAUCUUGCCAGACAUGUCCUUCCAACUCACCCAGGUGAAUCUCAUGUUGAGGAGUGGACCAGCAAGCAGCAAUGAGGAUACCAACGUGGCUGAAUCGCAUUUGCCUGGGAUGUAUUUUUAUCUCUCAUCAGACCUAGGCUCCUUCGUGCAGACCAUCGUCCGGACGGUCUUGGGGCAGGUUGGGGGCCUGUUGGAUGUCAUUGGGGUGAACGUGGACAGCGGCAUCUCCUUGACUGCCAACCAAGGAAUUGGCUUCUUCGUCAAUACUGCUGGAUUGGGCUUCAUCACCACGGUGAAUGUGGGCAACUCCGCUACUACGGUGCGCUGCGCUUUCAAGUUCGGGAAUCAGAAGUUGAAGUGCAAGGCUCGCCUCGGCUGGGCCGAGCUGUUUCUGCAGUCCGGCAAGUAUGUUGUGAACAAGAUCAACAACUUUGCAGGCAGCGGAGCACAAGAAGUGGCAACCUUUUUCAAGGAGAAUGUGGGGGGUAAUGGCGCCAAAUUUGCCAAGAGCGUGGUGAACAAGGGCAAGAAAGUGGCCAACAAGAUCAAGUGCAAGCUCUCCAACCUGCUGGGCGGCAAAUGUGGUAAGUCGGGUGGAAGUCCUUCCAGCUGUGGAGAUGGCACAGAGUAUGUCAUCAAGAACGAGCAGGAUCGAUGCUUUAUGGUCUCACCAGAUUGCUUUGAGCCAGAUUCUUCUGGUAAGGUCUAUUGGCGAGAUUGCCGACCUGCCUUCGACGAAUGCACCCACACGUCAAGCAGUUAUGCUGAGCAGAUGAAGAGCUUUUGGUACUUCACCAAAGAUAAAUUCCUUUGCAACGAGUACCUCAACAACAUGUAUUUCGCUGAUAUCAGCGAUCCAGACAACAAUCCCAAAUGCAUUCGCCUGAUCGAUCAGACGGUGGUGUUUUCGAAUUCUCCGACGCGAAUCCAUAUUGCCAAGAAAAGCACCGAGAGGUUUCGGAUCGCUUUCGAUGGUGUCACUGGCCCGUACGGGCAGGUUUGCUUCCAAAGCUCUUCUGCUGGCAGUUUCCUGAACCAGGGCCGCCGUCGGAGGCGCUAUUGGCAGCAGACCUAUGUCAGAGGCUAUGACGGUGGCCGUCGGAGGCGCAGAUGUGACAAGGAUGGAGCCAAUAAGAUGAGGAUCUAUCAAAAGUUGGAGCCGGGGAACGGAGGCAACUAUGAGAAGGAAAAUGGAGAUCAACAAUUUCACAAUGGCUGUGCAAAGACCUCCUCGCACAUGUAUGAUGCUGGUGAGUUAUCGCAGGAUUUGCGAGACUUUGGAGGAGCCUCAUGGGCAGUGUCAGAUAUCCUGGAGGCUGAGGUGCCCAAAGUUCAAGAUCAGGAGCUUUACCAAUCCCUGGCGGACGCUGCAUCGGCCAGAGACCUGGAGCAGCUGCUGGAGAUCACCGACGCGCACUUGACAGAGCUGAGCAGCAUCAAUGCUGCAUUUGCCUUGAUCCGCGCGGCGAGGAUGCUGGAGGCGGAAAGAAAGAGGAAGGAGGAGGAGCAGAAGCCGCCCAACCCGAAGCUCCUCAACCUUCUCCGACAUGUAGAAGGUAUGGUGCUGACGGAAUCGCAUCGCAGAGGAGGCUUUGAACGCGCCGACGAGUCUGAGGACUCCUCUGACGAUGGCGAGGACCAAGGGCUUCAGCUGGCGUGGACCCUGUCGGCCAUCAGUUGGGCCUUGGGCCUCCUCCGCUACCGGAAUGACGAGAUGCUCUUUAGCCUUGCCAGUCUGGUGAAGCCACGCUUUCCACAUUUUAGUCCACACCAGCUUCAGAACUGCCUCUGGGCCUUUGCUUCCUUGGGCAUGAAAGAGCCUGGGCCCUUCUUUGGGGCAGCUGUUGAGACCAUCGAGCCCAGAAUUGCUGAUUUCAGCAAGGAGAGCUUGGUGGCGAUCCUCACCUCCUUCGCCAAGGUCAAGGUCUUCAGCGCGAACCUGUUCGAUGAUGCGGCCGAGGUCUUGGCGAGCGCGGGUGAGACCCUGCGGCCUCAGGACAUUGCGAACUGUACCUGGGCUUUUGCUAUGUCUGGGCACCCGCACCCAGAAAUCUUCAGAGGCCUGGGGAACUCUGCGAAAAAGCGCCUGGAGGAGUUUCAGCCGGAACAGGUGGCGCUCUUGGUUUGGGCCUUCGCCUUCGUGCGCUACCGAUCCGAAGAGCUCUUCGAGGCUGUAAAAUGCGAUGUGGCUCAAAGACACCAGGACUUUACGCCAGAUAGCCUGGCCAACGUCCUGCAAGCCUUCGCUUUAGUUGGUCAUCGAGGUAGCCAGGUGAUCCUCGAGGCGUCCUCCAAGUAUAUCAUCGCGAACAUGCAGGCUUUCAGGCCAAAGGCCUUGGCCAAGCUGGUGUUCGCUAUCAGCCAGACACGCUAUGCCAAUGCGACUUUGUCAAAGGCCAUCGCAUCGGAGUUCCUGCGCAUCAUGGAAGAAAUACCUGGGCCCAUGUUGACAGCCAUGCUGGUGGCCUUCUCCAAGGUGCAGUUCAACUCCUCGGAGUUCUUCCGGCAGGCCGCGGCCAAGGUGGCUCCGAUUUUGGUGGACUUUGAAUCGUCCGCCUUCGUCAGAUUGUUGAAGCUUUUCGCCGCCAACGGUGGCAUCGACCAAAGCCUUGUCCAGGACAUUACCGAGGAGGCCAUCGAGCGAAUCCCCAACCUGCGUGCCUCCGAGCUGGUGAUGCUCACAAGGACCAUGCUGUCGAUGUGCCAAGCCUCACCUCAUCUUCUCGAAAACUUGGCCGAUCACGGAAGCAAAGUGCUUCCUCAGAUGUCGCAGAAGGAGUUGGCGUCCUUCAUUCGCUCCCUAAGCGGCAUGGGUCUCACGUCUGCUUCGAGCACGGGCGAAGCCAUCUUUAAGCAGGCAGCGAUCAAGGCCGCUCGGCAUCUCAUGGCCAAGAAGGAGGACCGGCGGUCCAAGACCUCGGACAUCGCUUGCUUGUCACGAGCCUUUGCUCGUGCAGCGUCUGCCACGGGUCCAGUGGCCGACAAAUUUCAGGCUGCCGGCUCCGAGCCGCCUUCAGAACUGUUGGAGGUGAUCAAAGGCUUUUUGCAAGCAGCGGUGAAGGAGGCGCACUUGCGGGACGAGUUCCGCGCUUCCCCGUCCUGCCUCGUGGGCGUGCUGUGGGCCGCCUCGCAGUGUGGGGUGCCCUGUGAUACUCUGACGCAGGUGGCCAAGGGCGUUUUGCUUCCACCCGAUGCCGGCGACUCCAGCCAGCUCCGGAAACUGCAGCUGCCCGAGCUGGCCGAGCUGGCGCAGGCCUUGACCUCACUGGGCGUCGAGGUGCCGGAGCUCUACCGGGCCAUCUCCGACGUGGCCAUUCAAUGUCUGCAGGAUCAAGCUAGCGAUGUGAUCCCAGAGAAACGUUUGGUGCCCGCUGCUGAGCUGCUACGCUUCUUGGCCACUGCUGGGUUGCUGGCCUCUGGCUUGGCACGCGCGAUCUCCGAAAAGGUGCUGGAGGCUCUCACGGAGGCGGAACAUGGGAAGACGAAGGUGCCAGCCUGGGUCAUGGCACGCUGCAUUGCUGGCCUCGCCAUCGCCGUCCAGGUGGAGCCCGUGAUCUCCGCGCUGAAAGCGCUCUCGCGCGCGGCGGCGCCCCGUGCGGUCGAGCUGCUUCCGGAGGAGAGGGCCUUGAUCUUCUGGAGUCUCAGUUUGCAGAGUUGUUACGAGGCCAUCUUCGAUUCGGUCCUGGAACAGACUCCAUGGACCUUCUGGGCGCCGAAUCCCAAGGAAGAGUUCAUCGUAGAGGACGGUAACGUCAUCCCCAGCGGGAAGCUCAUUGCUCUUUGUCAGGUUCACUUGGCGGAUCUCGCCUUGCAGCUCGAGGGCGGCCGCAAUCGCAAGGGACUGUCGCCGGCACAGAGGCAACAUGUCCUGGAAGCGGCUGGAUUGAUGCAGCGGAUGAACCUGGAUAAGGAACCAUUGUCUGAACCCGCAGAGGCCAUUUCUGAAGCUCUCAGUGCCAUGGAUUUGGUGCCAUUGCUGGGGCAUAGCUCGGUUGAGGGUUUGCCGUUGGGCAUUUGUGUCUCAUCUCCAAGCAUGAGGCACACGACAGUGACCAUUGAGGUGGAUCAGCCUGGAGACUUUCUCUUGGACAUCGACUCCAGCUAUGCCCACCGUUUUCCACCAACAACUCUGAGGAGAAGAUUGCUGUGGCGCUUAGGCUAUAGCGUGGUGGUCUUGCCAUGGUAUGAGGUCAGAAGCUGCAAUAGUGAGCAGUUGCAGCAGCUACUUCGCACGAAGCUGGCUGUUGCUCCGCCCUCGCCCUUCGUGGAGACCGCGCGGCAGGACUCCCAACGACCGGAGACUGCAGGACAUCCAUUCCUUGGACCAGAUACCAGCAGUCAAAGCAGCGAAGAUGCUAGAUCAGCCGGCAAUGGCGCCCGACUCAGGGGCCAAAUGCUGAGGCCACCUGGCUUGUGA